AUGCCGGACCCUAUUACUGUUGGCGCUGUAGCUAGUGUAGCUGGGGCUCUAACUCGCUCAAUCGCCCUCGCUAUAUUCGUCAAAGAUAUCAAAAACGCUCCAGCAGACGUAAAGACUUGUUUUUCUCUCACCGAACGGGUUUCUACUGACCUAGAUCAUCUUAUUGUUCUCCGUUCCCUACACUCUAAAUAUCUUUCCCGACGCCCAUUUGCCUCCAAAAGAUUAGACGGCAUCAUCAAAGACGCAGGACAAAGUAUCACUGACAUAUGCGGACUAUUGGAAGGAUGUAGAAAAGAGGUUUAUCCAGAUAAACAUAUCCCGAUCAAGAAUAAGCUACAAUGGGUACUAGGUGAUGGUGCGGCAUUUGAGAGGAGAAGAGGAAACUUGCAACAACAGCAUAUUGCACUUUUGGCGGAAAUAGGGUGGUUAAGAGGACUUGAAGUCGGGGAAGAGACAGAGAAUUUGGAGUUUGAAAAUGUGGAUCUAUUGAGCGCAGGAAGGAGGGAGAGGAAGAGCAGCUCAGUUUCUCAGACUAGAAAUCGAUACGAGGGUAUUGACUUGAAACGGCCAAGUAAAAGCGUGGAAGUGAAAGUGGAAGUUGAGGAACUAGAUUUUGGUGGGGAUAUAGAGCCAGAUUCUCCCGUAACGAAGGAAUACGUAGCUAGGAAUCCUGAGACUAUUUCUAGCGAAGGUCGUCGAGAGGUCAGCAGACAUGAGGAAUCGGAUGAUGAGGAUCCAGAAUUGGCUUUUAUAGAGAUUUGA